GCGCAGCCUUGUUGGGAUUUUCUUCAUCGCCUGUCCAACGUCGCAUCUCAGAUUUCCUCUGACUCUCCUUCUUUUGGCCCCUCGUCGACCUCUUUUUAUUUGCUUUUCUGGCGGUCGUAGAAGCCUUUUCCUCCUGCCCCUCUUAUCGCGGACAUUUUUCUUCUAGCGCUGUGAGAUUUCUGCAUUGUAAUCAUCGACCCAUUUCAUGUCGCUCGCCCAGCAUGUUACGCAGGCCGUUGGCUUCGACUACGAGGGCCCGGCCGGCUCCCACGCCGGCGACGACCAGGACAAUGAGCGACAGAGCUUGCUAUGGGCCCCUGCGCCGCAGUCCGAGGCAGGCGGCGAGGAUAACAACGACCUGAACCUAAUGUCCGAAUGGCGCGAAUUGAGCUAUGCGCCUCUAGACCUCAAGCUCGACGAACCCUUGGAGCGCGAUGCCGCAUACAAGGUCACAAACACAAAGAGGAUAGCUCAGGUGGUAGCGGGGAUCAUCGUCAACUGGCUGGCGUCCGGCAUUGUCUUUGGCUUCGCCGCGUUGAAGCCCGUGCUGGUAGCCGAAGGUGUGUACGCCGACCUCUGCACUUCAGAGGAGCUGAUCAUCCACCACGACAAGGCCAUCCUGCCUUGCCCGCAGCAGAACAUACGUCUGAACCUCUUCUUCGUCGUCGCCUCCAUCACUGCCAAUGUCGGCUCCCUGCUGGCCGGCGCAACGCUCGAUAGGUACGGGAGGCGCCUCUGUUGGAUCAUGGCAAGUUUCCUACUGGCCGUCGGGACCUUGCUCAUGGCCUGCUCGUUCGCGAUUCCCGACUUUGAUGGCUACAUUGCGGGCAACGUCUUCCUCGCCCUGGGUGGGACCUACGUAUUCGUAUCCAGCUUCGAGUUAGCCAAUGCCUUCCCGAAGCACUCUGGUCUCGUGGUGGCUCUUGUCACUGGCGCCUUUGACGCGUCAGCUGCCGUAUUCUUGUUCUACCGCAUGGCCUACGAGAAGACAGACGGAGGUUUCUCCCCUGCCAGAUUCUUCUUCUUUUAUCUUGUUGUGCCACUCUUGAUCCUGUUUCUGGAGCUAUUCCUCAUGCCACCGCACCCAUACCACACGAUCCCCGAGCUGGAGACCAAGAUCGAGAAGGCUCAAGAUCCCAUGCGCGACAUACACGAGUCCGACGAAGAUAUCGAGGAUAAUAACGAGCUCGAGCGCGUGCGCAGCAUUCGUGCCGACAAGCGCCAUGCCAAGCUCGACCAGCUCGAGGACAUUGUCGGUGAUGCCGACGAGCGCGACGAACGCAUCAAGGUGGAAGAAGAACGCCAGGAGGCGAGUGGCGUCUGGGGCGUCCUCCACGGCAUGCCCUUUAAUCGACAGAUGCGCACGCCGUGGUACCUGCUCAUCCUCGCUCUCACGGUCACGCAAAUGUUUCGAAUGAACUACUUUAUCGCGACCAUCCAGUCACAGUACGUGUACAUGCUGAAGGACGAAGAGGCGGCGACGCAGAUCAACCACUUUUUCGACGCGGCACUGCCCAUUGGUGGUAUUGCGGCGACGCCCUUCAUUGGCAUUAUUCUCAACAGACUGAGUGUGGCAUCGAUUGCCGGCUUGCUGACGGCCUUUAUCAUCGCUAUUGGCGCUUUGAAUUGUCUGCCGUUUGUAUGGGCUGGUUACAGCACCGUCAUCCUGUUUGUGCUCUUCCGACCAUUGUACUAUUCGGCCAUCUCUGAUUAUGCCGCCAAGGUUUUCGGGUUCGCCAGUUUCGGCCGCAUCUACGGGACCGUCGUCUGCAUUUCGGGCCUGAGCAACUUUGCCCAAACCGCCAUCGACGCUCUCGUGUUUGGUCCCCUCCACGGGAACCCCGUGCCCGUUAACAUUGGGCUCGGUGCCUGCGGGGCCAUUGUCGGCCUUGCUCUGACGACCUAUGUCGCAAUCAAGGGCAGGGUGUUCCACGAGGAGAAGGUUCAGGUCGAGACGGAGGAGCGGCAGCGACUUAUGAGCGUCAGCGAGGCGGGCGGCUACGGCACGACUGCAUGAGAUGAGAUUGAACGGGACAUGACUGUAAUGCAUAUGGGGUACGAAGCGCGUCUGGCGGAUGAUGCGUCCGCCCUUGAUCUAGCGUUUGCAUAUCCUACGGAAGACAUCGAUAUAUAUAGGAGGUUGAGAUUUUUUGGAUCUUUACUAGACGAAGAGAUAGAUAAUUGGAUGGCCAAAGUCUUGAGAUCAAGUCAACUCCACAAAAGUUUGUGAACAGAAUGUUAUAUUUCCAGUACUUGG